AUCUCUCAAACUUCCAAUAACAUGAAUCAUGAUUUUCCUCUUGCUGCUUACUCCGGUGAACAGAUGAUUUAUCUCUAGCAAUCAGCAAAUGACGCUGCUAUAUCAAAGUCGAGUCUCAAGUAUUCAAACAAGACAGUCCGCUCAACAGACGAUACAUCUCGUGUCAUCUGUGUGCGGUCAGUUCAAUCGGCUUUAGAGGAGGCGGAGAAUGAGCGGAUCAGCUCCCAUGUCAAUCAAUUACAGCGCUCUUCAUUCACCUGUUACCUCUGCCAUUAGUGUCCACCACCAUACACUGCUCUACAGCACGACUCAAAGUACUCACCUUUCUGCUCACUUUCCAACAUCUUAUCACGUGCUAAAAGACAAGGGGAGCAAUGACCGGGCAUCUCUGGGGAUAUGGGGAGGACGACGGUCCAGCUGCAUGGCACAAAGACUAUCCCAUUGCUGAGGGUAACCGGCAAUCACCCAUUGACAUAAUACCAUCCCAAGCAGUGUAUGAUGCCAGAUUGUCUCCUAUCUCGCUGUCUUACAAUAACUGCACUUCUGUCAGCAUAUCAAAUAAUGGCCACUCUGUCCUAGUGGAGUUUGUUGACACAGAUGAGAGAUCAGUGAUACAGGGAGGUCCCCUGAGCAAUGUUUACCGACUUAAACAGUUUCACUUCCACUGGGGAGGCAAGGGUUGCAGUGGCUCUGAGCAUACAGUUGAUGGGAAGACCUACGCUUCAGAGCUUCAUCUGGUUCAUUGGAACGCUGUAAAGUACAAGUCGUUUGGUGAGGCCGCAGAAGCACCUGAUGGCUUGGCUGUCCUUGGUAUCUUUCUGGAAACAGGUGAUGAGCACAAAAGUCUUCAUAAGAUAACUGAUUCCUUGUAUAUGGUUAAAUUCAAGGGAAGUGUUGCUGAUUUUAAGAAUUUCAACCCAAAGUGCCUCCUGCCUAGCAGUUUGGACUUCUGGACAUACCCAGGCUCUCUCACCACUCCUCCAUUAUAUGAGAGCGUGACAUGGAUUGUACUGAAGGAACCUAUUUUUGUGUCUGAAAAACAGAUGGGAAAAUUCCGGAUGCUGCUUUUUAAUGAAGAGGAGGAAGAGGAUUGGAAGCGCAUGGAGAACAAUUUUCGACCACCACAGCCACUGAAAGGCAGGAAAGUGUGGGCCUCUUUUAAAUAGCUUGGCUGCUUAUUGGUAACCUGAACCCCUCCACACCUCUAAUUCUGAUCUCGGCUCUGACAAGAUUGAUUGACACAACACACUUACUCCUUGAAUGUGCAAAACAAAUAUAUUUCUGCAUGUUUUUAAAUUCAGGUACAUUAACAAAGCUGCAAUACUAGAGCAAUAUUGUAACUGAAUGGAAUCAUAGGGAUUGCAGACAUGUGCUUGUUAAUUAGAAGAAUGUCACUACAGAGAAUUGUAAAGAUUAGCUGCAAACUUGAUAAUUUUUGAUAACAUGUAUAACUGAUGCUCCUUGUAAAUUCAGUUUUUGUGUAUGAUUUUUUUUAAGUUCUUUUUAACUACACAACUAAGAGAUGAGUGAAGAGAUGACCUCAGACACGGUGUAGUUUGACUCUGAUGCUGAGCUUUUCGAAUCCAAAGCUCUUCAUGUUUCGAUGUCUUAUCCACCUUGGUCAGGCUUGUGCAAACGAUCCUAGUUGCAGGUAUCUGUGAUAUUUGUGCUUUCAAAGGGUCUGAGCUGGUGGGUCAGAUUAGCUGGCUGCUGUCUGCUUUCUCACAGCUAUAGGAAAGGACCAGAAAAACAGGAACAUGAAAUUUAACCUGUUAGUCUACUACACCAAAGUAUCUUUAACUAUGUCUGGUGUCCAGUAUACUUAAGGUGACCAGAUUCCUUCUUGUGGAAAACGGGACAGUCCCCUCCCAGCAAUAAUGAAAUUGAUCUAUGCCUAGGUAAGGAUACUUCAAUGCAAUUACAGAUGCAUCCUCUAACUUUUCUCACCUUGUACUUUUUGCUUGCAGCAAUUUUUCUCAGUGUGCGCUUGUCUUUCAGGAGUUUAUCGUAAAAUGCAGAGCAGUCCAGUUCAAAAUUAAGACAUACGAAAAGCAUUGCCUUCAUGACUGUUACUCUGGGUCGAGAUUUAUCUGGUGUCCUUACUGCGUUCAUUAAUGAGAACACACGCUCCAUAGAUGCAGAUGUCCCAGGCAGGCAUAACUACUACAAAACUAUAGUAAUAACUACUAUACAAAACAUAACUAUAACAAACUCCACGACCUUGGCUAAGACUCUGAAGUUGAUGGUCUUGCUCUCCAGAUCUCAAAAAACAUCUGUCCAUCUCUCAAUCACGGCUGUCUUGUUCAUGUUCCACUCAGAGAUGUGUCAAGUGACAAUGUUUUCACGCAAGCCCACUCAUUAAGUAGCGUGGUUUCGUCAAUCAAACUUAGAGCGGGGAUUCUGGAGUAGAAGUGUUUGAGGCUGCUCUGAAUGUCUUUCCACUCUGGGAUGUCUCUCAGUAGAACCCACUCAUGUUUUUAUGUGUUCUCCAUUUCUUUCAAAUUUAAUCUCUUUUUGAAGAUCCUCAUUAAAUGUACAUGCACGCUACCUUGACAUUUUUCCAGCCGCAAUUUCAUCUGUGUGCUCUUUCAAACUGAAUCUUCAGUCAGUUCACUAACUGGACGUCUGUUGAUAGGGGAUUGUGAUUGGAUAGUUUAAUCCAAUAAUGUACUUAAAAUAACACGGUGUGAUUUUAUUGGUUUUACAAGCCGUAUCCUUGGCUACCUUUGAUAAGAAUACUCAUGUGAAAAAGCCGCAUAGGCGAUAGAGAAAUUGUAGGAGAGGGGAAAUACGGGACAAAACACAAUUUUUUUUCAGAAUAAGUCGGGACACUAGAAAAAGUGCAUAAACACGGGACUGUCCCUGGAAAAGUUCUGGCCACCUUAAGUAUACGGUUCAUAGAAAGGCAGAUGGCUCUUUUUGGAAUGUAGACCUGAUGAUAACAGGAUGGCACUCAAAUACUCAAAGUUAAUGAAUUCACUGAAUGUAUGUCUGAUAUUGAGAGUAGAUAGCAUUAAUUUUGAUCCUAAUUUGAGGCUGUAUGUUGGUUCAGUUGUUCAGACUCUAUGGAGAAACUCUUUGUAGGCCUUGUAUCAGGACUGCACUGCUGUCACUCUAGUGCACGGUGUAGUCCUGUGUUUUCAGUGUAGCCUAAUCAAUGCUUUUACAAUAAUACGAGGGUAAUGUGGGAAGGUCAAAAUGACUGAUGGAUUACAAUGGUCACACUUCAGAGAGAAAGAAAAAAGCUCUUAUCAUUAAUUAAAUUCCUAAUGGGGUCUCUGGCAUGGCUGUAGGAGAAUUACUGAAGCUCUGUAGGUCUGCUCCUUAUUUAGACUCAGCUGCUGGACAACAUCCAGCUAACACUGCAGGGAUUUUCUUUCAGUUCUAUUUGGUGGCAG